AUGGGUCCAAAGAAAGCGCAAAGUGAAAAGUCAGAUACGCAGAAGAAAUCCGCAACCAAGAAAGCGCCCGAGCAUCCACCUUACAAAGAAAUGAUAAGUGCAGCUAUCCAUAAUCUGAAAGAAAGGAACGGCUCAUCAAGACAAGCUAUCAAAAAAUAUAUACAUGCUAACUACAAGUCUGCGGUUGAUUUUCCCGCGCCACAUCCCAUGCAGGUUGGUGAUGGCAGUGAUGGUCAGAUUAAUCUAGCUAUCAAGCGUGGUGUUGCUAAUGGAGAUUUUCUUCAACCAAAAGGGCCUUCUGGUCCCGUGAAGAUCAACAAAAAACCCAGUACAGCGAAGAAGGAAGCUCCGAAGAAAGAGCCGACUAGCAAGAAGGAGACAAAGAAAGCAGCACCUAAAAAGAAGACUGAAAAGAAACCAGAAAGAAAGAAGACCGAGACCAAAGCUGCACCCAAAAAGACAAAAGCUACGCCGGCCAGAAAAGUGACUAAAAGAACCGUUAGCAAGACUGAUAAAUCAGCCGCAAAGACCGAAAAGAGAAAGAAAACCACAACUAGUAGCACCAAAAGGGCUACCAAGAAGUCUAGGAAUGAAUAA